UCCUUGGCGGGUGAGGGUGGGGGGGGCGGGGGAGGCCGGGGCUUGCCCCGUGCAGCCACGAUGCUCCUGGACGCCGGCCCCCAGUAUCCCGCGAUCGGUGUGACCACCUUUGGCGCAUCCCGGCACCACUCGGCGGGCGACGUGGCCGAGCGAGACGUGGGCCUGGGUAUCAACCCGUUCGCCGACGGCAUGGGCGCCUUCAAGCUCAACCCCAGUUCGCACGAACUGGCCUCGGCGGGCCAGACCGCCUUCACGUCGCAGGCGCCCGGCUACGCCGCUGCUGCGGCCCUGGGCCACCAUCACCACCCGGGCCACGUCGGCUCCUACUCCAGCGCAGCUUUCAAUUCUACGCGGGACUUUCUGUUCCGCAACCGGGGCUUCGGCGACGCGGCGGCCGCAGCUAGCGCCCAGCACAGUCUCUUCGCUGCUUCGGCCGGCGGCUUCGGGGGCCCACACGGCCAUACGGACGCCGCGGGCCACCUCCUUUUCUCUGGGCUUCACGAGCAGGCGGCGGGCCACGCAUCGCCCAACGUGGUCAACGGGCAGAUGCGGCUGGGCUUCUCCGGGGACAUGUACCCGCGGCCGGAGCAGUACGGCCAGGUGACCAGCCCGCGAUCCGAGCACUACGCCGCACCGCAGCUUCACGGCUACGGGCCCAUGAACGUGAACAUGGCUGCACACCACGGCGCUGGCGCCUUCUUCCGCUAUAUGCGCCAACCCAUCAAGCAAGAGCUUAUCUGUAAAUGGAUCGAGCCGGAGCAGCUGGCCAACCCCAAAAAGUCGUGCAACAAAACUUUCAGCACCAUGCACGAGCUGGUCACGCACGUCACCGUGGAGCACGUCGGCGGCCCAGAGCAGAGCAACCACAUCUGUUUCUGGGAGGAGUGUCCACGCGAGGGCAAGCCCUUCAAAGCCAAAUACAAACUGGUCAACCACAUCCGCGUGCACACCGGCGAAAAGCCUUUUCCCUGCCCGUUCCCUGGCUGCGGCAAGGUUUUCGCGCGUUCAGAGAACCUCAAGAUCCACAAAAGGACGCACACAGGGGAGAAGCCCUUCAAGUGCGAGUUCGAAGGCUGCGACCGGCGCUUCGCCAACAGCAGCGACCGCAAGAAGCACAUGCAUGUGCACACGAGCGACAAGCCCUACCUUUGCAAGAUGUGCGAUAAGUCCUACACGCACCCCAGCUCUCUGCGCAAACACAUGAAGGUCCACGAGUCCUCUUCCCAGGGCUCACAGCCUUCGCCCGCCGCCAGCUCCGGGUACGAGUCGUCCACGCCACCCACCAUCGUGUCUCCCACCACAGACAACCCGACCACCAGCUCCAUGUCGCCCUCCUCCUCCGCGGUCCACCACACAGCCGGCCACAGCGCGCUCUCUUCCAAUUUUAACGAAUGGUACGUUUAAAAUCAGAAACAAAACAUGCCAAACCCUAUUUAAGAGACUGAACACACGCGUACACACAAUAUUAUUGAAAGAAUCCUGAAAAUCAAAACACCCCUCGUCCCGAUUCCGCGAACGUUUGCUUGUUUUUGUUUUUAAAUCUGCCAGUAAAUCCAGGACUGAGUAAAACAGAGGAAACAGCAAGCCUUUAAUUUUUUUUUUCAUUUUCUUUUCAUUCUUUCUUUCUUUCUUUCU